UAUGAGACUAAAUAAAAACAAAAAGUUUGUCUGUAUGUUCCACAGAACACAAGAAAUCCGGCAAAACAUUUUAUGUCAGUUACCUUAAGAUGACCUGGCCAGAGGCUCAGAGGAUAUGCAAAACACUUUACACUGACCUGAUCAGUGGAGUCAAACAGCUAGAAGACUUCAAGACACAGCGCCGGAAAGAUGCAGAAGCUUUCUGGAUCGGCCUGUUCAGAGACUCUGACUGGAGUUGGUCAGAUGGGAGCAGUUUCUCUUUCAGAUCCUGGGAUAAAGACCCUAAGAAGACAUGUGCUAUGACUACGUCAGAUGGAAAAUGGAGCUCUGAUGACUGUAAUAAAACCAAACCCUUCUUCUGCUACAACGAUUCAGUGAUCCUGAUCAAGGAGAACAUGACCUGGGUGGACGCGUUAUACUACUGCAGAGAUCACUAUCGUGACCUUGUCUCCAUCGCUAACCAGGACGAGCAGCUCUGGGUCCAGGAGAGAGCCAAGAUGGCCUCCACUCCCUACGUGUGGCUGGGACUGCGCUACACCUGCACUCUGGACUUCUGGUUCUGGGUCACUGACGAGACGGUCCGCUUCACCAACUGGGGCCCCGGCCAGUCUGGGGACGACUGCAACGUGUCUGGAGCCAUGGACAGAAAUGGAACCCACCAGUGGGUCAAAAUGAUCGACGACAACUACAAGUUUAAUUUCAUCUGUUCCAAGGCUCCGUCAUCAGGGAGGUGUUUUCGCUGGCCCGGACACCACGUCCGUCCGGACUACAACCCUCUGAGGAACGUCCGGGCCCAGUACCGGGUCACGUCCCGGGACAGGAAGAACCAGGACGGCCAGCCGAGCUACGACUACCAGAACUUUAACCCGGCCCAGUUAGACUUGGACCGCAUGGGCGCGCUCAGAGACAAACCCUCCGCCACCUGUCGCAUUCUGCCCAGGAUGUUCCAGAGGGCAGGGCAGGCGGAGGAGAUGCCCAGCCUGACCAGACAUCACAUCAACAUCGACAACAUGACUGCAUAUCAUUAA